UGAAACUGAGCGCUAACACAGUCAGAUACUACCGCUGCGACCAGGUACAUGAAAUUCUUUGUCAUCUUCGACAUGCCAGUCGACAAGGGCUAACUGGAAAAAAAACGUAGACAGAAAUGCUUUCCACGACAGUUCAGAUGACGAAAAGUCCUUUAAGGCAGGGAACUAAAGCGGUCAAACACGCAGUCCGUGACAAUGAUGAGCAAACUAAGCGUGUCUCUUCGAAACUCAUGGAAAUCAGACGUGUGAUAGAACUUCUGGAGGAUCCAUUUGCAGAAACUUUGAAAGAGAGACAGCUUUUCCUUCUGAAGAAACUGUCUAAGAGGUGGAAGUAUGGUGUUUUUUUGAAAGACCUUGCUGGCAUUUUCAAAAUCCUCAACAUAUGUGCACUCAAAGGUCAUCCCCAGUACACUCAGGUGAUGUGUGACCUGCUCCAGAUAUGCCGGCUUCCUUUCUUGAAAGAAAAGUCCUCGGACGAGUUAAAUCACGCAACAACUGUCAAAGAAUGUUUCUCUCAGCUGGGUUACCUGAUGAGGGUUCCCAGCACUGAAGUAAGGAUAAAGAUCUGUGAUUCCAUCAUAUCCUUCUACAGUCCCCCUCCUAAUACCAGCUAUCCAGAUGGGUUCUGGCCCACCAGCCCCAGGUUCAAAGCUCAGAUGGUGGAGCGCAGUGGGCUGGCUGAGACCUUGGUGCUCUCCAUGGCUCUGCUGGAGCAGCAGCUGGAGGUGAAGCUGCGGCUCCUCCAGGCUCUUCAGCUGCUUUCCAGCUCUUCAGAGGUGAACUGUGACCUGAUCCUGAAGGCGCAGGGGGCCAGGAUGCUCUGCACCAGGAUGCUGGAACCAGAUCCGUCGGGACAGCUGCUGUUCCGCUCCUCUGAAGUGCUGUGGAACCUACUGGAGAAAGGCUGUGCAGAAGAGCUCAGCUCCCAGCUCAGCGACAUGGACUGCAUCCUGUGUUUAAAAGAAGCUUUUCUCAACCUGCUUUUGAGUGGAUAUCGGCAGUACGAGCUGCAGCUGAGAAACGACCUGCUGGUGAUUAUCUCUCUCAUAGCAGAAAAUCCCACCGCACCGCUGAUCGAGAGUGGCUUAGCUAAGCAGCUCAUCCUGUUUCUCACAUUCCCCGAAAUUAACACCCAGAAUCCACUUCUUCAUAGCUUCAAGCUAUCUUUAAACAAUGAAGAUUUUGAGAUGAAGAAACUUUUCUUCAAUUUGAUUUUUGUGAUGUCAAGGGAUCUUUCUGCUUUGCAGCUGUUCAAAGAUGGCCGGGUCCUGUUGGCUCUGCUGCAUCAUGCCAACCCUAACAGGAAGGUGGAGCGGCACGACUGGUCCUCCGCCCAGCAGGAGGAGCUACAGCUGCAAGCCCUGGCCACACUGGCGUCCGUGGCGCCACUGCUAGUGGACGAGUACAUGACUUGCCAGGGGAACACACGCCUGCUGCUGCUGUUGGAGUGGUGCACAGAGACAGAUGCCUACUUUGGACAGGAGAACAGCUGCCGUGGUGCUGGGGGCCGAGGCAGCAGAAAGGCCCACCUGCGCUACUGCAUACGUCUGCUGAGAGCCAUGACCUCUCUGGCCAAUGAGCAGCUCAACCAGGACCUGUGUGACCAGGGGGCCAUCGGGCAGCUGCUCGGACUCAUGGCUAGUUUUGAGAAAGACGGUGGGGAGGACGACGCCAUGACGGUGGAGAUCAAAACCGACAUCCUGCUAACGCUGUCGGCACUGUGCGAGCAGGACCUCCACAGGAAGGAGCUGUUCGGGCCUGAUGGAGUGGAAAUAGUGACACGUUUUCUCAAGUUGAGCAUGGCAAACUUCUACAGCGGCCUCGGGCAUAACAAGCUGAUUCUUUCCACUGUGGACGCCGUCUGGUCCUGCAUUGUUGGGUGCUACAUGACUGAAGAUCUGUUUCUGGAGAAGGAAGGAGUAUUUCUUCUGCUUGAUUUACUUCAGAAGAGGUUCUACGUCAAGAAACCCAUCCUGUCUGCCUGCCAGGAAGAUGCUUCAGCUGAGCCAUUGCCUGCAGACCGACCCAGUGCCUCUGUGAUGGACGUGACAGAGAACCUCCGUUCCAAGAUUUACUCCAUAUUCUGUCGUCUUGGUUUCGAAAAUCUGCCUGGAUUGUCGACUGAGGACUACGUCACCCUUGCGAUUAUAAGGAGAUACUUGGAUUUUAAGGUGGGGGAGGUGUGGGAGGAGAUCACCAGGAAGCUGGAGCUUGAGGGGGUGAGGCCUGUUUCUCCAGAUGGGGUGGGCCUGCAGGCCGUCGCGGAGGCAGCAGAGAAUGUGGCCCGGGUGACGGCCUCACAGCAGGCAGAGCUGCUGGAGCAUCAGCGUAAGAAGGACAUGGAUGAGGAGCAGCUCCUGUACUCGGAGAUACGAUCUAACCACAAGCAGGAAGAGCUGAUCAGAAAAUCCUGGGAGCAUUUUGUAGCUAAGACAUCCGACUAUAAGAUUUUGCUGGAGUCCAAAAAGUAUCAGGAAAACUGUAUAGAGUCAUCCAAAGUGAAGACUGAAGAUGCUGGAUCUGUUUUUCACUCCACCCGCAUCUCUGGAUUGUAUGUCACAAAUUUCUGUGGCCGUGUGGUGACAGUGGAGAGCACCCCCAUGCAUCUGACUGGAGGAGCGCUGGCCCACACAGAGCUGGCCCUGGAGAGGGUCCCUAUCCAAGGGGGAGCCCCACAGAAACUCCCCAUAGCAUCUCAGGACCAGGAAAUACUCCACCAGAGCCAAAUGCCAGUCGAAUAAAAAGCUACUGUCACCUUUAUCUUUUUUUUUUGCACUUUGCACCUCUCUUCUCUGGUUCUCUGAAUCACAAUUGCCUGGAGCCAUAAAACUUACAUUGACUCAGUCCACUUUUUGGGAGAAAUGCCACGUUCAAUCCAAUUUGAUAUUUGUUCCACUUCCUGUUACAGAUAAACCAGGUGUUGUACACGUAGUCUGGACUGGAUUAAACCAGACCCAGUCAUUUUACUUCUGUGAAUAUAGCUUUCUACAGCGAACUGCAUUUAUUAUAAAUCAUGCGGUUUGAAACCGAGAUGCUAAACCUUUGUUUUGUUCAACAAACACAAGUGGUGGAUGACUGCAUUCUCAUUGUAAAUUCAACAGCCUAUUGUAAAAGGUUAUUAAAAAAUAUUAUUUCAAAGUAUUAAUGUCUAGCACUAUGUAACAAGCAAGUGCAGGAUAAUAGAAAUGGUGACACACAUGAAGUGACUCAUCCAUCUACUUCCACACUACUUAUCUACUACAGGUUCUUGGAGAUACCAAGUAAUUGUGUUACCAAAAAAAAAAAUUUUUUGUGGUACAACAGAAUCUACUUGUCAAUAGGUUAGUUGCAAUGAUGGAGUUCUGCAUGUUUGUGAAGCAGAAUAAGACACAAAUCAAUGUCAAGGUGUAAGUGUUUUGUCUAAGUUAUAGGAAAUUGUGCACAAUAAAAUAAAAUGCCAGUGCUUUCCUUUA